AAUAAGCACGAUUCGUUACGCAAGAAAUAAUAAUCGAGAUAAGUAAAACAAACGGUCCUUUCCGUAAUAUGUUAAAUAUAGACACCCCGUUAAAUGUAAGAAAUUACUCGUCAUUAUGGGAAGAUAAGACCAAUAUCUCGGAAGUUGAGGCCACUUUUAACUCCUCCUCGAACGCCUGUGAGCGUAUUUGCAACAAAAAAUCUUCCUCACACGUUACACCAUAGCCACACCACGUCCCCAGAUUCUCCCCUAUUUUUUUGCACCGCAUAUGUGUUCAUUAACGCGCGCGCGAAUUCGUUUCCAAACAUGUUGCCUCGUUAACGGGCAAGUUACUUAAUCUUGUUUAAACGGUACGCGUGACCUUCCUUCCUCUCGUGAGAGCCCGAAAGAAACGAAAAUGAAGAAACAAAACGGCGGGACAAAACGAGACGGGACGAGACCAGACGCCCAAGAUAAAAUUGUGUGUACAGCAUCUAAAUUUCGUCCGAGAUAUAUACGUUUGUUUGAGGAAGAGAAAAAAAAAACGAGGUAUAUCCCGAGUUGUGCGAAUCGGCACGACUCGCACGUUCACGCUAUAAAACUCUUAACGGACGUGUCGAAGAGGAGGAAUCGUGAGGCACAGAUUAAAUAUAAAGCCGGCGGCGUUCGAAAGCUCAGGCAUUCUUUGCGCACCCCGUCACGAGGAUGCACACCGAAGAUGCGAUACUGUUCCAUGCUGAUCAAUCUUAUUUGUGUAAUCGGCUUGUCCUACACGGUUUCGGGACGUCCCUUCACGUUCCUGCCGCGGCAUGCUGUGGAACGAGCUGCUGAACGGAGGAGUUUAGGCAGACAGAUUGUGGAGCAGAACUCUAAUUUCUUGACUCCGUUGUCUGAUUAUGGAACGCAGUCUUCGGAAACUAAGCCUGUGGAACCAUGGACCAAAAUCAACCAACAUCCGGUGAACGGCAUUAAGACAACCGUGGGGAGCAGAGUGGAAUUGGAAUGCAAAGCCAGCGGUAGCCCGCCCCCGGAAAUUUUAUGGUUCACAGGAAGCGGCACCAACGAAGAACUCAUCGACUACGUCAAAGUCAGCACACAUUCUUUGUACGAUCCGUCCGAGGAGUGGAAAGGAGUGGCCAGAAUUACUUCGAAGCUCGUGAUAGAGUGUGUUACUCCGGAUGACGCUGGAUUGAUCUACUGUGCGUCGGUUUCAGCAAGAGAGGUGAAGAUAUCCACUCCUACGGAGCUGCGGGUUAACAGUGAAGGAGUUAGUGGUAAUUGCAGUUCCGAAAGUGACCCAACAAUCACCCUCUACUCACCCACAUUGGUAGCUAAUAUAGGAGCAACCGUGGUGCUGCCGUGCAGAGCAAGUGGCAAACCAACGCCAGAAAUUACUUGGUUGGAUAAUUUUAAUGUACCUCUAAGUCUAUCAACGAAUUUGCGACACAGAGUGUUGGAUAGUGGUGAUCUAUUGAUAGAGGAACUCUUAUGGAAAGACAUGGGUGGUUACACUUGUCAGGCUAAAUCCGGACAUCGUCAACAAGUCGUCAGCACAUUCCUGUACCCUGUGCGCCCGGAAAAAGAAGUUCAUCGGACGGGUAACUGAAGAAUUGCCAAAAACGAGCCUCAAUUGCUUGGAUUGAUCUCCUUUUCAUUGUACGACGUGCGAAGCAUAUUGGAUAAAAUACAGUCUUUUGCGCAAAGUUUCCGUGUUCGUGGUAUUGUUUCAGUAUACGCACUUUGUAUAAUUUUAUACGAAAGCAUCUCUUUUUUUUACUACUGACGUGCUGGAGAAUUAGCAACGCUUUAUGUUACUGUUAAUGAAACGACGGACUAUUUUAUACUUAAAAUUUUAUAAACUAUUUUAGGAUGCCAAAGAAUUUUGUAUUUGAUUAGAGUUCUAAUUUUAGUGAUUUAAGGUAGCAAUUUUAAGCUAUUUUAAUAUUUAAUAUAUUUAAUCUAUGUAUUGCGGUACCUCUUGAGCGAUAUUUCGUAUAGUUUAAACGAAUUAUUUAUUUAUUGUGUACGUACAAUAAGAUCGAGAGCCGAUCUUAUAGGCAAAUGUAAUGAAGAAUACUUCAGUUAAUAUUAAGAGAGUAUCGUUAUUAAAUCAUAAAUAACCCGGUGAAAAUUGUUGCCCUUUUGGCUUCGAUUACUACUUCGUUUAUUAUUUACAUAGUAUUAAUUAUCAUUGAUUUUCUUUCGUUAUUUUCAUCAUUUUGUUUCCUUUUUUUAACUAUCGUAAUGUAUUAUUAACUCGCUUUAUUUUUACAUAUAAAUAAAUAUAUUUCCUUUCAUGUAGUAUUCAUCUAUUUUUUAUCCUAUUUCCCAAUUUUUAGUUAUAGAAUUUUGUUUGAAGAAUUUAG